AAAAAAGGCCCUAGAUCAAACCCCACUCAUCAAUGAAAUACGACAGAAAGCCAGAAAGAUAGUGGGGUUAUUUAGAUCCAGCUGCAAAGCAAAGGACAAGCUUGUGGAGAUGCAGGGCUUGAUGGGCAGACCAGCUCUGAAACUGAUGCAGGAGGUGGACACAAGAUGGAACAGCACUUACGACAUGUUGCAGCGCUUGUAUGAGCAACGAGAGCCAGUGGGUGCAGCGCUAUCAAAUUUAAACAGUGAUACGGCUCCGCUGACAAGUUUUGAGUAUAACAUUAUACAAGAAUCAUUGUCACUACUGCAGCCUUUCAAACUCGCAACGACAGAGUUGUCAGAGGAACAGAGAGUGUCUGCUUCAAAGCUCAUACCACUUUACAGGAUGUUGCAGCACAAGCUAUCGCAGAAAAAAGGCCAAUCAGCACAGGAAUCAACUGCACAAUUAGGCACACACCUGCAAGAAGGUCUGCACUCAAGAUGUGGUGGGUACGAGUCAUUCAGAGCCUUGGCUCUGGCUACACUGCUGGACCCAAGGUUCAAAAAUGUGGGUUUUGGAAAUCCUGCCAAAGCCCAGGAGGCUGAAAAGCAGAUCACACUGGAGUGUGCUUCGCUGAUGCGUUCAAACACAGCAACUCCUGAGCCACAGUCAACAUCAGACCCAUCAUCAUCAUCAUCAACAACAACAUCAACAACAGAAACCCAGGACAGUUUAUGGGAACUUUUUGAUAGUCGUAUCCAUGAAACCCAGGCGAUACACAGUGCCACAGCAGAUGCCACAGUAGAAGUUAAAAAGUACCUAAAAGAUGCAUUUUUGCCAAGAACCCAUGAUCCACUAAGUUACUGGAAAGAGAGAGCUGUGAUUUUUCCUCAUUUGUAUGUCCUUGCUAAAAAAUAUCUAUGCAUGCCAGCAACAAGUGUCCCUUGUGAGAGGAUUUUUUCUAAGGCUGGAGAAAUUAUCAGUAAAAAAAGAAGUAGGCUAAGCCCUUCCACAGCAGAGCAAUUAAUAUUUUUGAAUAAAAAUCUUAAAAAAAAAAAAAAAAAAUUAGACCAUUGUGGAUUUAUUUGUUUUAUUCAUUUUUCAUGACCAAAAUAACCUAGUUAUUAUUAUGAUAUAGGAUUAUAUAGGAUAUUAUUAUAGGAUUUUAAAAUAUCACCACAUUAACGAAAACAAAAUAUUUUUAUUUAUUUUUAAAUGGCUUGUUGUCAAAGUUGUUUCAGAUAACAUGGGCAAUUGGCCACUAGGUGUCACCGUGGAGACAGGUGUCG